AUGAUAAUUCAUAAAGUGAUAAGUCGGGGUUUAAUAAAAAAAACCUUAAACAGUGUUUUAAAAAUACAAACAGCAAAUCUUUACAGCCGUGAAACAAUCGGAAAUCGGGAAUGGGUCGGAUAUGGUCAUUUCGGUACGGCCUGUUAUUUAGAUACAAUAACCUGCCCUUUUCCAUCGGUUAGAUUUAAAGAAAACACAAACGAAAUAUUGGCACUUCGGGAAAAGGAAAAAGGAGAUUGGAGAAAAUUAACAAUCGAAGAAAAGAAAACACUUUACAGAGCUUCGUUUCGACAAACAAUCGCCGAAGCAUAUGCACCCACAGGCGAAUGGAAAUGGGUUUUGGCCAUAGUACUCGUGGGUACAUCACUAGGUAUAUGGGCAUUUAUAGCUCAAUAUUUCUUAUUCCUACCCAAACUUCCGGAAACAUUUAAAGAAGAACACAGGAGAAAAAUGUUCAGACACAUGUUGGUGCUUUUAAACCUAACAUCAUCGUCUUCCAUAUGUUACUUCAUUAUAUGA